AAAGCCUCAUUUAAGAACAGCUAUUCUAACGCAUAUCCUCAAAAGCUAACGGAUGGGGAAGUGGAUGAUAUGAAUGACAGCAAAAAUAUUAACAGAAAUGGCGACAGAGAUGCAUGGAAUUUGUUUACCAUCAGUCAAUUGAAGGUUAAACUUUAA